AUUAAUAAUAGAUCAUCAGAUUAAACCACUAGAUAUUUAAUUUGAUCGAGUAUUAUUUUAGGAAACUUGUGGUGAAUGGGUGAGUAGUCUCAAUCUUUAAAGCAUUCUUGUUGUUACCAAUUUAAUGUUUCUUGGAAUUUGUCAUAACCUGGUCUUCUUGCUUCUGUUUGGGCAGUUGUCAUCUUUUGUUAUACAUAGCUGCAAUUAAUGCCCUGUUUCAGUGAAUUUUCAGAUGUGGGGUCUUUUCCAACAUGCUUAAUUCCUUUUUAAUUGUGAAGGAAUUUGCAUAAAAGCUGUUACUAUUAAUUUAUAUAGAGUAGUAGAAGUAAAGGCUCAAGAUACAAUCAGUACUCUUAAAGUUAACUACCUGAUGAAGACAAUGGAGGAAGUAAAGAUUAGUGAAUUCUGCAAAUCUUCUUCAUACCAUCUGAACUUGGACACUGGGCUAGUGAAGAACUAUGUUGAGCUGAAGAAAAGACAAUUACAUUGCGGCAAACGCCAUGAUUCUACUGAGGAAGAGAUUAAUCCUGCUCAUGAGGAUCUGGUUAGAGAAAUUGCUCUUCUGGAGCUGGAUAUUAUAUGUUUGGAGAAGUAUCUUCUUUCAAUGUAUCGGAAAACAUUCGCGCAGCGGUUAGCAUCACUGUCCAUGAAGGAUGAUACAACAAAAACUAAUUCAACUCCCAAAGAAAUGAAGUUUGCAGAAGUCAAGGAGCAAAAUGGCAAGUUGAAGGAAAAUCCAAAAACUAAUACUAGUCCUAUUUUGCCACCUUUGAGUAAUCCAAUCAAAGAUUGUGAUGAUGACACACAAAAACUAAUUGACUCAACCAUUUUGAGAUGCCACUCUUCCCUAUCGCAUGCUGCUUGUUCAUUCAGAGCUUCACCCUCAGUUGCAGCUCUUGCUGAUGCUGCAGAUUCAUACCAUUCUAUGCCUUUAUCAAUGCUUGAGCAUGCUCAGCCAUCAACUUCAAAUGGGAGUCUCACGGAGCAUCAAGUUGAUAGUUGUUCUAAUAAUUAUCAUAACUCGCCAGGCCGGUUAUCUGAAGAAAUGAUCAAGUGCAUUUCAGCCGUAUAUUCUCAGCUUGCUGAUCCGCCUUUAUUCAGCCAUAAUUUAAGUUCAUCUCCCGUCUCCGUCUCAUCGUCAACACUGGAAUCUUUUCCACAAAAUCAGAGUGAUAUGAAUCAAUGCAUAGAAACUUCAUCAUCUGAUUCGUUGAACAAUCCGUUCCACUUUGAAGACUCGAAGGGAUUUAGCGGAUUCCUUGUUAGAAUGGUUGAGGUGCAAGGGCUUUGUCGAGAUAGUCACAGCUUAGAUGGUGUUGAGGAAAUGCUAAAACAAUUUAGGUAUCUAGUCACAAAGUUGGAAGAAGUUGCUCCUAAGGAAAUGAGACAUGAAGAGAAACUAGCUUUUUGGAUUAAUGUCCACAAUGCACUAGUAAUGCAUGCAUUUUUGGUUCAUGGGAUUCCAAAAAGUAAUCUCAAGAGAGCAUCUUUACUUCUAAAGUGGCUACAAUCAUUGUUCUUUACGAAACAAAGAUUUAAGGCUGGCGAUGCACGAAAGGGAUAUGCAAUAGAGCAUCCAGAUCCUCGUCUACGCUUCGCUCUCUGCACAGGAAACCAUUCUGAUCCUGUGCUUCGUUUGUACACAUCUAAGAGAGUGUUUGAAGAACUAGAAGUGGCUAAAGAUGACUACAUUCAGGCAAAUAUAAGGGUACAGAAAGAACAGAAAUUAGUCCUUCCAAAGAAUGUGGAAUCUUAUAUAAAAGAGGUGAAUUUGAGCCCAUCUGGUUUGUUCGAAACGAUAGAGCUAGCAUUACCUUCUUAUUUGAGGAAGAAAUUUCAGCAGCCAGCGCAACGAAAGUUGUGGAAGAAAAUUGAUUGGAUUCCUCACAACUUCACUUUCCGUUACCUUAUUUCAAGUGAAUUGGUUGAGUGAGUCGCACAGUUUUGAAUGUCAGAUGAAUCACAAUCAAACCUGUUUGAAUAGCUGCUUUGAGAAUAAAGUAACUUAAGAUCAUGAAUAUGUUAAAGGGGUAAUUCAGAUUGAGAAGUGGUUCAAUUUUGUGGAAAUUUUUUAGCUGCAUGUGUAACAAAGUGCUAUAGUUGUGAUUCAACUGUCAUUCCUAAUGAGAGUGUAACAAGUGGUUCAACUUUGUUGGAGUUUCUUUGGAUAUAGUAGCUCUAAACAGAUCAAUGGUAUGCAAAAAGCCUAAUGGCACUAUAAAGCAAGUGAGAUUGUAAAUUAUGAA